AUGGCAGAGCAUGAACUGCCUUGGCUGGCCCCCCUGCCUGCCCCUCGGCUCACCGCGACCCCAGCACACCCGGUCUACGUGGUGGGAGAAGCCGUGGCUCUGACCUGCUCGAUCCCUGGGGCUCCCACGCUGGCCACGGUUCAGUUCUCCAAGGACGGAGGGGAGCUGCCCUCGCCUGUGCUCAGCAGCAGCCCCACACUGCAGCUCGCCCGCGUGGGCACGGGGCACGCCGGGGCCUACUCCUGUCGGUACCGGAGGAGGGAGUCCGGGAGAGAGAUCUCAUCCCCCCGCAGUGGGGCCGUCGCCAUCUCCGUGCUGGUGCCCCCAGCUGCCCCCCAGCUCUCUGUGUCCCCGUCCCAUCCCGGCUACAUCUCCGGCGACUCCGUGACCCUGACGUGCUCGGCUCCCGGGGGCCACACGCUGUCCAGGAUCCAGUUUCUCAAGGACGGUCAGAACCUAGAUUCCCAGAUGUCUGGUCCUGACCCACUCAACCUCAGCCGCGCCCUCCGGCUGCCGCCCCUGGCCCCAUCGCACUCCGGGGCGUACAGCUGUGGGUACUGGUUCCUGGAAUCGGGGCGGGAGAUCCCAUCCGGGCUGAGCCACCCCGUCCGCAUCCUGGUGCUGGGUGAGUGCACGUCCCUCCGGAGGGUGGCACUGGGUGGGGAGGGAGAGAAGCUGCUGACGCGGCUGAUCCAGAAGGAGGCGGAGCGGGGAGACCAUCCCCCUCCACAGCCAGCGCUGAGUGUGGAUCCCCCAUCUGGAGUGGUGAGCGAAGGGCUCCCCCUGCUCAUCACCUGUGCAGCCCCCGGGGACACCAGCAAGAGGAUGUUUCACUUCUACAGCAAUGGAGUUGAGAUCGUCCGUGGGGACACAGGCUCUGAUAUCAGCACCACAGAGCCCAGCACCGGCUCUAUGAACUUCUCUGUGCUCAGCAUCCCACGGGCCGGUCCCAACAACACCGGGAAAUUCAGCUGCGGGUACGAGGCGAACAUGAGCGGCAGGUGGAUCCCAUCCCCCAGGAGCCAGGCUGUGAACGUCACCGUGACAGCCUGGUCUCUGCCCGUCCCCCUGGUGGCUGGGUGCGGUGGGGCUGCCACGGCUCUGGCUCUGCUGGUCCUCAUCUGCCUCUGCAGGAAGAAGACGGCAGCUAGCUGCCGGCUCCCCACGUCCUACGGGAAGAGCCAGGAGCUGCGCCGGUCGCGGAUGAGACGGUCGUCCGACAACUCCGGGGUCAAUAUGUGUGGUGUCGUGGCAGAGACACAGCUCGUGUAUGUCAACAUACCCUUCAGGGCCGGCACAGGUGAGUAA